UUGUUUUAACACCUCUCUUUCUAAAUAGUAAUCUCUCUCUCUCUCUCGCUCUCUUCCACUUGAUCUGCAAGUGGCAAAUAAAUAAAGGCAUGUGUGUUUGCUGCUUGCCCCAAUUAAGGUUUUUCAACUGAAAUCCAUUGCAUACCCUUUCUUGUCAUGCUUUUCUUUCUCUUUCUGGGCAUCUUCAUUUAACGUCAGGAAUGGUAAGAAGAAUGUGAUGUCCCCUGGAUCUGAGGCAGUUGGCUUUUAGAAGCUAAGAAGUAGGAGGAGAGAUAAAUAAUAAAAGGAGUUUUACAGGAGAGAUUUGAUUUGAUAAUGCCAGUACCACUUGCCCCAUAUCCAACUCCUCCUCCAGCACCACCACCACCACCACCAUACACAUCACCACCUGCAAAUGGUGCACAGAGCCAGCUUGUGUGCUCUGGAUGCCGGAACCUUUUACUCUAUCCUGUUGGAGCCACCUCUGUAUGCUGUGCUGUUUGCAAUGCCGUGACUGCUGUGCCGCCUCCUGGCACAGAAAUGGCACAGCUAGUCUGCGGAGGAUGCCACACCCUACUCAUGUAUAUCCGUGGAGCAACGAGUGUUCAAUGUUCUUGCUGUCACACGGUCAAUCUAGCCUUGGAAGCAAAUCAGGUUGCACAUGUGAAUUGUGGGAACUGCAGGAUGCUGUUAAUGUAUCAAUAUGGAGCAAGAUCUGUCAAAUGUGCGGUAUGCAAUUUUGUGACAUCCGUUGGGGUCCCGGCGAACACCCCCGAACAGAAAUUCAACAACUAAAAGUUAUCAUACACUACUAUUGCAAGAUGCUACGUACAACUUUGGGUUUGCAUCUUAAAUUACAAGAGUUUUCCUCCAAUAUUUCGUCUCUCUUAGUGAGAAGAGAAAACUUUCUUGCUCCUUCACAUGUAUAGAGUUACGUCUUUUUCCUUGCGUGAAUAAGUAGUUAUGUCAAGAUUUGGAUCUAUGAGAAGUUUCUACAACAAGACUAUGAAAAUUUGAGUGCAUUAUUGAAAAUCUUUGGAUAAAGAUAUAUAUAAACUUUCUGCUUUUGAAUUGUCAA